CAUCUCGUUGAGCUGGAUCCUGUGAACAAUGCACAGGAAUACCAAGAAGUUCAGAAUCAUGCUCAAAAAACAUGUCACAGCAAAAUUAUGAUCUUGAGAAUUUCACGAGUUCAAAAUCCAGCUCUCUACAGGACAUAUGCUAUGCGAAAGAAAAAAAUGGAUGAGUUGAAAGGAAGCAAUGAAAAGCGACUAUUCCUAGGGAUCCCGGGAAGCAAAUGCCAACAAAUAAAUGAAACGGGUUUUUGUGUUUUCCAAAACAAAAAUGCACCAACAGACAUGUAUGGAAAUGGCUUGUACUUUGUCAAGGAUGCCCUUCACCCAGCCCAGUCCUCUUUCUCUCCACCAGACAGUGAUGGACACCGAUACAUGUACCUCAGCAGAGUCCUGGUUGGUGAAUACACAGUUGGCCGACAAGGCAUGGUUACUCCUCCAAAGAAGAACCAAAGUGAUUCCAAAGAAUCCUUUGACUGUGUGGUGAAUCAGAUCCCUGACCCGAAUAUUUUUGUUAUUUUCUACGAGGGACAGUUCUACCCAGAGUACUUAAUCACAUUUUCUUGAUGAUUCUUUUUCAUUAUUAUGUCUAUUGUGGUAGUCUUUUUUAUUAUCUCUUCUAUCACAGUCUUUGCUGGUGUUCUUUUUUUGCAUCACGUGGGCACAAACCAUCAGUCACAAUCACAAUCAGUCACUGAAGUCAAUCAUUCUGUUCUUACAUUAAAUUCGAAUUAAAUUUCUAUUUUUCCCUCUUUUUUCCCUUUUAUUGUUUCUAGUUCUGUUGUUCAGUUGCUGUACUACCUUCUCAUUUUUGUCAAAGUUUGUAAAUGCUUCUUUAUUUUUAAAUUUCUAUAAUCAUAAGUGCUAGAUUAAUUCAUUACUUAUUUAUUACCUAUUUUGAAUUUAUAUGAUAUGUUUAAGGAUUUGCAGAGCUACAUGUAACUCACACUAGCUUUCCUAAGUCAAGGCUCCCUUGUAUUUGUACAAAACAAGGUUACUGCUGCUGAAACUGUUAUUGUUAUCGCUGCUAACAAAGCUCAAAUGAGACCUUAAACUUUUUUUUUUAGUGGAAGACCCUUGAAAUGGAUUGUUAAAUUUUAAUUACACCUUGUUUAAAAAUCUCAUUCAAGCUUCAGUGCUUUCCUUUUAAAAUGCUAUUGAAUAAUAACAUGCACGGUUGUUGUUGUUGUUGC